AUGGGCUGUGUAAAAAUGUUUGUAUUUAUACUGGCUUUGAAUAUAUUAACGGUAAAUGUUAUCGACUCAAGUUCUGUCGCUAGUUCCAGCACAGAUGCCAAAGCAGAACCGCUACAGCCAGAAACGGCUCAAGUUGAAGCGGGAUCAGCUGAGAAUACCACCUCCGAUUCGAUUUUCUUUCAUCAUACCUUCGAACAGAUGGUGGCUUUGAUGUUUGAAGUGAAUAGGGCCUGUCCAGAGAUUACACGAGUUUACAACCUCAGCGAACCGUCAGUCCAAGGCAGGAAUUUAACGGUGCUAGAAAUUACUGAAAAUCCAGGCGUCCAUGAACCAGGAAAGCCUGAGUUUAAAUAUAUAGGAAACAUGCAUGGAAAUGAAGUAGUUGGUAAAGAACUGCUCCUGUACCUUAUGGUUGCACUUUGUGAAGAAUACAAGAAGGGAGAUGAUUUGGCCAGGUUCAUUGUCAGUCAGACACGGGUGCACAUACUGCCCUCAAUGAACCCAGAUGGUUGGCAAGCAGCAUACAAGGAGUUGCAGGAAAAAGGUGAAGUUGGGUGGUUGACUGGCAGAUCAAAUGCUAAUGGAGUGGAUCUGAACAGAAACUUUCCUGAUCUGAAUGCUGAGAUUUAUCAACAUGAACAAGAACACAAAGGGCGAAACAAUCAUUUGAUGAAAGUUGAAAAGGCUAUUGCAACUGAUAAAUCUCUUCAGCCGGAAACGAAAGCUGUCAUGCGCUGGCUGGCUCAAAUUGGCUUUGUGUUGUCUGCUAACUUGCAUGGUGGGGACCUGGUAGCCAACUAUCCUUAUGAUGAGACCAGAUCAGGGAAAAGCCAGGAAUACACUGCAUCCCCUGAUGAUCACACUUUUGUGUACUUGUCCAACUCCUAUGCCUACUACCAUAGAACCAUGGCAAAUCCAGACAGGGUUCCCUGUGACAAAAAUGGUGGCAACAAUCCUAUUACUAAUGGGGGGCUGUGGUAUUCAGUGUCAAAAGGCAUGCAAGACUACAACUACCUGAACACAAACUGCUUUGAGAUUACCCUGGAGCUUGGCUGUGAAAAGUUCCCACCGGCUUCCAAGUUAGAGCAGUACUGGCUGGACAAUGCAGCUGCCCUCUUCAACUACAUCCUUCAGACACACAUCGGAGUGAAGGGCUAUGUGAAGUCCUCAGAGAAUGCACCAAUUGCCAAUGCUGAAAUCAAAGUUGGCAACCUGGCGUCUGGUCUGCCUAUAGAACAUGAUAUUCUGUCAUUGAAAGAUGGUGACUACUAUCGUCUGUUGGCUGAUGGCUACUACCGCAUCUCUGCCCACGCUGAUGGUUUCCAUCCGUCAUUCUACUGUGUCCACAUUGUGAACACCAUUCGUGUAGGUGAGCCCACCACUGACAUGGCUGCAGCCCCAGAGCUGAACUUCACCUUGACACCCAACACCAAGCCAAGGCCUGAUGACAGGGAGGAAAUGAUGACCUGUGAAUCUCUGUGGAGUGAGGUGCAGCAUGAGACUCAGCUUGAUGACCGUGAUCUUCUAGUUUCAAUUCUCUCUUACCUGGACCCAACUACAAAAUGGUCAGUCAUAGCUAACCGCUUGACCACAGACGAGCUGUACUACUUCUUGGUUGAAGAACUCAAGAAACUGAACCCAACGGAAAGGGAGGAAAUCUUACAUAUGAUGCCUAGAGCUGUGCAAGAACAGUUAUAUACAGCUCUUGCAGCAUCAAUGAAAUAG